CCCCUGAAUAUGCCAUGGAAGGAAUUUUCUCCAUAAAGUCAGAUGUCUAUAGUUUUGGGAUCCUUAUGCUUGAGAUUGUGAGUGGUAGAAGAAACAACAGCUUUUACAAUGAGAAUUCCUCACUUAAUGUAGUGGGACAUGCCUGGGAGCUCUGGAAAGAUGGCGCAGCCCUAGAAUUGGUAGAUGAAGGAAUAAAAGGUUCGUUAGUCCAAGAUCAAGCUUUGAGAUGCAUUCAUGUUGCUCUACUAUGUGCAGAAGAAAGGGCAGUUGAUCGACCGACCAUGGCAGAAAUUUUAUCAAUGUUGACAAAUCAAAGUUCAAAGCUUCCUUUGCCUAAGAGACCAGCACUUUGCUUUCUAAAUAACUCCUCUGUAAAUGAUAAAGAAAAUACGAAUUCAUCAUAUCACCUCACUUCUCUCAUUUUGUCUCUGGGAAUCAAAGUGACAGAGAAGAAGAAAGAAAGGCACUGAGACACAGAGUU